CAGUUCUCCAGAGGGAACUAUGGAACUAAAGAAGUGUGGAACCAGCUAGGGAACCAUGGAACUAAAGAACAGUGGAACCAGAGGAGGAACCAGAGAACCGAAGAGGAAAGAAGGGUGGCUAAGUUGUGUUGACGACCCGUACCAUACAACCACAUUGCACGUUAUGAGCUAGCUAGAAGAUGUCUCGCACUAUAGCUGUGGCAAUGUCUGGCGGUGUAGACUCCACUGUAGCGGCUCUCCUCCUCAGGAAGAGAGGGCAUGACUUAGUGGGUGUGUACAUGCACAACUGGGACGAUUUGGACGAGACAGGCACCUGUUCAUCACAGACAGACUACCAGUGUGUUCAGGAGCUGUGUGGAGAGAUGGGCAUUCCUUGUCAUAGAGCGGACUUCGUUAAGGAGUACUGGAAUCAUGUCUUCAGCUCUCUGUUGGAGGGUGUUCGCCGGGGGUUGACCCCAAAUCCUGAUGUUUUGUGUAACCAGCAUGUCAAGUUCCAAUCCCUCCAUCAGUGGACUAGGGAUACUCUCGGAGUGAGCACCAUAGCAACCGGACACUAUGCCAGAGUGGACUGCAAUAGUGUCGAAGUGAGACUACUGAGAGCUGUGGACUCCUUUAAGGAUCAGACUUACUUUCUGUCACACAUAUCACAAGAAUCGCUACAGAAUACAGUGUUUCCAGUAGGUCACCUGACAAAGACACGAGUGAGAGAGAUUGCACGAGAGGAAGGAAUGGACAGGGUUAACCAGCAGAAAGAGAGCAUGGGCCUGUGCUUUGUCGGCAAGCGAGACUUCAAUCGCUUCAUCUCACAGUAUGUGGAGAGUGAGCCUGGUGAUUUUGUGACCCUUUCUGGCAAGGUGGUUGGAAGGCAUGAGGGCCACCAUCUAUAUACGAUUGGUCAGCGUGCCAGGCUGGGUGGUCAUAGCCAGCCAUACUGUGUAACUAGCAAAGACCCACACACCAACACUGUCACAGUGGCCGAGGGAACCUCACAUCCGGCACUCUACACUCCCUCAUUCAUCACGCUACACCCACACUGGAUCACAUGCAAAUCACGUGACCUCUUCAACAAUCAAUCAGAUGGCAUCGAGUGUGUGAUGCGUCAUCGUCAUCAACAUUCAUUAGUCCCAUGUACUGUAAAUUCAAGGAGGUAUGGUCUUCAUGUUACUCUGAGGGAGCCACUAAGAGCCAUAACUCCAGGACAGUAUGCAGUGUUCUAUCAAGGAGAUGAGUGUUUGGGAGGAGCCUGCAUUGCAGAGCCAGGACCAUCACUGCACAAAAACUGACUGUACCCCAAAGUAGUGUUUCAGCUUCUUGAAAACUUUUCGUCAAUAAUAAGCAACA